CCCCGUCCUCUCCUUGACCCAUUUCUUCUUCCGGAGACACCAGGAAGAGCAGCAACCUUGGGGGCACUGCUAAACGAACCAACGAUUUGUACAAACCGCCACAGUACCCCCUACCCUAUACGACGGCUGAGAACCGGCAAUUCUCUUGAGCAGCUACGAUGAGGAGCUGGGCGUAUGCCUUCUUCCUCCUGGUGCUGUCCGUAUGGACGGUACAGGCCCUGGAGGUGAAACUAGACGAAUCCGAAGAGAACCGGCAACGAUGUGCAGGCAUGUACAGCAAACAGACAUGGGAUGGCCCGGUCAAUCCCUUCAUCAGUGUCAAGUUCACAGACUUCGGCUCCGACGCUGGCGACGACCCCAUUGUCAGUCUCCUUAUCUUUGAGUGGCAGGACUCGGAUCUCGUCGGUGUGCUGCCCGAGGGCGCCGACCGUAGGAUUGGCAUCUGCGAGCCCCAGUAUGUUGAUGCCGGCUACUGCAACACCACCAACGUGGGCGAGUACAUCCUUGCACCCAACGCCACUGCGCUGUCCAAGAACAUAGUUUUCACCGACGCCAUUCAUCUCAAGAAGUCAGCUCCAGUCAAGUACCAGAUUAAGAACACCGGUUACUAUUGCGUGCUCACGGACAAGUACACGGCCGAUAGGUAUGAGGCCCUUGUCGAGUUCCGGAACGCCUAUGGAGAGCUCCCCGCUACGCAGAUUCCCAAGUUGCCUUUCUAUGGCGGCAUUACCAUCUUGUACGCCUUGGUGUUGGCGUUCUGGGGCUUCCUCUACUUCCAGCACCGGUCGGAUAUCUUGGCUGUGCAGAACUACAUUACAGCUAUCCUCAUCUUCCUCGUCAUUGAAAUGCUGAUGACAUGGGGCUUUUAUGACUUCCUCAACCGCCACGGCUCGAACGUCGGCUCCCGUGUGCUCCUCAUCGUGGUGGCCGUCCUCAACGCUGCGCGCAACUCCUUCUCAUUCUUCCUCCUCCUGAUUGUCUGCAUGGGCUACGGCGUCGUCAAGCACACCCUCGGCCGCACCAUGAUCUACGUCCGCUGGCUCGCUAUUGCGCACUUCGUCUUCGGUAUCGUUUACGCCAUUACCGGUCUUCUUGUCAACCCAGACAGCGCUGGCCCCUUUGUUCUACUCAUCAUCCUUCCUCUGGCCGGUACCCUGACGGCCUUCUAUGUGUGGACGCUUAACUCGCUUAGCUGGACACUCAAGGACCUCAAGGAGCGCAAGCAGCACGUUAAGGAGGGCAUGUACAGGAAGCUGUGGUGGUGCAUUCUCAUCUCCAUCCUGGUCAUCUUUGGAUUCUUCUUCUGGAACAGCUUCUCGUUUGCUCAGGCCAGCGACCCUGGAUACGUCCCCUUCCACUGGAAGAGCAGAUGGUUCAUUCUCGAUGGCUGGCCGAACCUUGUUUAUUUUGCCGAUGUCGCUUUCAUUGCGUAUGUGUGGCGGCCGACAGCGAACAACAAGCGGUUUGCCAUGAGUGACGAGAUUGCUCAGGACGAUGACGGCAUCAUCGAAUUUUCGAACUUGGAUAUUGGUGCGCCGGAUGACAGUGAUGACGAGGAGGCCCAGGUUGGCAUGAAGGGAAAGAAGAACCAGAGUGCAAACGGGGGCUCGGGUUCGGGUGCUGGCACUAGUCAGCAGCAGUCACGAAAUCUUGCUGGCCCAAGCAGCUCAUCCCAGCAGCAACAGCAACAACCGAGGAGUCCUAACCCUCAACGUGACUCCAUGGACGGAGAGACCAUCUUUGCGGUCGGCGAGGAUGGCGAUAAAUUCUCGUCUGACGAGGAUAGUGACGAGGAGGGUAAUCUAGUGAGAGCCAAGAAGUAGAGGGGCUAUCUAAUCACAUCAAGUCCAAGUUGGGGAAUUAGAAUAACUAUUACGAGUCUAAUUGUAUUGACGAGAAGCAGUCCAAGUGCACUAUCGGUUUGUGACUGAGGCAACAUGGCCGUGCAUCAUAUGUUUUGUCGAUCUGUUUUCACACUUGUUCUUGAUGGCGUUUCCUAAGUGGCUGUAUUAUUAUUUUUUCCACUU